AUGAGUAAUAAUGAUAAUACAAUGGUGACAAAUAGUCAAUCAUCUGAAAUGUCUGCAAAUGAAAUUUUUAAUGAUGAUACUUCAACGAAGAUGAGAAAUCUAUGGGAUCCUUUAAAUUCUUUGGAUUGGGAUAAAAAAUACCAAGUCAUAGAAUUUUCUUUGAUUAGUGAUAUUUCCCAAGUACUCAAAGAUCCACCACCAAGAACAUCUAUUGUUUCUGAACCUGAUAAUAUUACAAAGAUAUAA